GAUGCUGGUAUGACGUAUGGCAGUAAUCAGGAUGCUGGUAUGGGAGUAUGGUGCUGAUCAGGAUGCUGGUAGAGUAUGGUAUGGCAUAUGGAUCAGGAUGCUGGUAUGGGGUAUGGCAGUGAUCAAGAUGCUGGUAUGGGGUAUGGUGGUGAUCAGGACGCUGGUAUGGUGUAUGUCAGUGAUCAGGACGCUGGUAUGGGGUAUGGUGGUGAUCAGGACGCUGGUAUGGGGUAUGGUGGUGAUCAAAACGGUGGAAUAGAGUAUGGUGCUGAUCAGGAUGCUGGUAUGGGGUAUGGCGGUGAACAGAACGCUGGUGUGGUGUAUGGCAGUGAUCAGGAUGCUGGUAUGGGGUAUGGCAGUGAUCAGAGUGCUGGUAUGGUGUAUGGCGGUGAUCAGGAUGCUGGUAUGGGGUAUGGCGGUGAUCAGAACGCUGGUGUGGUGUAUGGCAGUGAUCAGGAUGCUGGUAUGGGGUAUGGCAGUGAUCAGGGUGCUGGUAUGGGGUAUGGCGGUGAUCAGAACGCUGCAAUAGAAUAUGGUGCUGAUCCGGAUGCUGGUAUGGGGCAUGGUGGUGAU